UCGAAGUGGUGAAUUUGAUCAAGUAGGUGAACGUUCACAAUUUGAUUCUCCAAUACUUGAUGCAUUAUCCGAAGAUGGAUGCGUUCAAUUUCAAUAUAAUAUAGCAGGUAGUGAUAAUGAUUGGUUAGAUGUUUAUGUUGAAGAUUAUUGGAGUGGUAAUCAAUCAUGUAUAUGGCAUAAAAAUGGAUCCACUGUACCGAAUCGAUGGAUAACAGCUGAAGCACCAUUGAAAUUAGAGAGAGAUGGAAAAUAUAUAGUAUAA